AUGUGGCGCGCGGCAGCCUCCCGCCUCCGCUCGCAUUCUCCGUUCGGUUCACCGCACGCGCCCUGCCGCCUCUUCUCGCCACCGCCGGUGCGGGUGGAGCCGCCGGUCACGGCGACGGAGGCGCGGCGCCUGGUGCGGCUCGUGGGCGUCGAGGCCUUGAAGCGGCGGCUGCGGGACAGGGCCGGCGAGGCGAUCGGGUACGGGGAGCUCCUCGACGCGUGCGUGGAGGCCGGGGCGGCGCGGACGCACGGCGAGGCGGAGGGGCUCGCGCGGGCCAUGGACGACGCCGGCGUCCUGCUGCUCUUCAGGGACAAGGCCUACCUCCACCCCGAGAAGGUUGUGGAUCUGGUCAGAAAAGCUGUACCACUCGCUCUGGAGGUAGAGAAUGACCCGAGGAAAGAAGAGUUCAAGCAGCUUCAGGAAAGGAAGGACGACAUCGACAAGCUAGCGCACAAGCAAGUCCGGCGCAUCCUCUGGUCCGGCUUAGGGUUCCUCAUGACCCAGGUCGGUCUCUUCUUCCGCCUCACGUUCUGGGAGCUCUCCUGGGACGUGAUGGAGCCGAUCGCCUUCUUCACCACUGCGUCCGGGCUGCUCGUCAGCUACACCUAUUUCCUUGUAACCUCGAGGGACCCGACGUAUCAGGACUUCAUGGAGAGGCUGUUCUUGUCGAGGAGGAGAAAGCUUUGCGCCAAGCACAAGUUUGACAUGAACAGGUACCUGGAGCUUCAGAAGCAUUGUAAGUGUCCUCUGGAAGGUCCUAAGCUUCACAACUUCUAUGGAUUGUACAGUAGGUAAAUGGAUGCAACAUUUACGGUUGUAAAUGGAUGCAACAUUUACCUUUUUCUUACAGAAGAAAUCAUAUUACCAGCUUCCAAAGUGUUAUUUACAAUAGGCACUAGUCACCUGGCAGU